AUGAUUAAAAAACCAGGGACAGCAACAAAAUUGAACAAGAAGCGUUACAAAAAUAAACACCGAACAGAAGACAUUGACUUGCCAACAGUCUUAGCUAAUGUGACUAAAAACUUCUCAACAAAAAAUAAGCUCGGAGAAGGUGGAUUUGGGCCGGUAUACAAGGGCACACUUAUAGAUGGGAAAGCGUUAGCUGUGAAAAGGCUUUCAAAGAAGUCUGGACAAGGUUUAGAUGAGUUCAAAAAUGAAGUGGCACUAAUUGCCAAACUUCAGCACUGUAAUCUUGUAAAGCUUCUUGGUUUCUCCGUAGAAGGAGAAGAAAAAAUGUUGAUUUAUGAGUACAUGCCCAACCAAAGCUUGAACUACUUUGUUUUUGGUUGGACCCCUUACACAAAAGGAAGUUGCAUUGCGAGGGGACUUCUUUAUCUUCACCAAGACUUCAGGCUGAGGAUUAUUCACAGGGAUCUAAAAACUAGCAAUAUUUUGCUGGAUGCAAAUUUGGAUCCAAAAAUAUCAGACUUUCGCUUGGCUCGAUCAUUUUUGGGAGAUCAAGUUGAGGAAAACACAAAUAGGGUGACAGGAACAUAUGGUUACAUGCCUCCUGAGUAUGCUGUGCGUGGCAAUUUCCCAGUAAAAUCGGAUGUCUUUAGUUACGGAGUAAUUGUACUAGAGAUUGUAAGUGAUAAGAGAAACAGAGAAUUUGCAGACCCCGAAAACUACAAUAAUCUUCUUGGACAUGUAAGGCAACAGGUCUGA